AUGGCUUUUAUUUUAGAAAUCUACAACCUUCCCAUCCUCAUUUUCUUCCUCGAGAUAUUGGUGUACGUUGAGAACUUAUGGUACGAGGUUAUUUGGUCCCGGUGGCAGCCUUCGCGUACUACUACUCUCGAUAAGCUCAUUAUGCACAAAGAGGAUGAAAUAUGGCAUGCGAUGAUCUAUGGCAACAACGGAGAUGUCCGAAAGAUCUUUGAGGAUCUCACAAAUACCCCAGAGGAGCAGCGCAAUCAAAAACUUGAUAUGGUGAAUACGUUUCAGCAAAUAACAGUUCUUCAACAGGCGGUAUUAAAAGGAGACUGCGAUCUUGUAUGGAACAUCCUCGAAAACAGCUCAUUCACGUCACCAGAGAAAUACAUCAAUUCUGGUGACUACCGUUCCAGGACUGCAUUACACAAUCUUGUAUGCGCGUCAGUGAGACCGCUAUCGCCCCCUGACUCUGUCGAACUAGAUGAUACCCUCAAAAUAUUCGGUUUAUUGUCAGAGUAUGGUGCAAAUGUUAACGCUUUGGAUGGGUCUUUUAUGACUCCGCUUCAUUCGCUGUUAUCAGCAGCCCUCGGGCUUAAAUUUUGGACAGACAUGGGACGUGAAUAUACGCCCCUUAUUCCUCUUCUAGAUAGCCUCCUGUUGGCUGGGGCAGAAGUUCAAACGAAAGAUAAGAAAGGGAAUUCACCUCUUCAUAUCGCCUGUGAACUACAAAAUCAUGAAGCGAUUGAGAAGUUGGUCCUCCACGGCGCGGAUCCAGAAACUCUAAAUCGUGAUAGGAGGACCUCUAGACGGAUUUUCCAUGAUAUGCAGGGUGCAGACAAAGAUUUCUGGCGGCGCAUGACUAUACUAUCCCUAGAAAGGCAAAAUGUUGGUGCAGACGUCUACGCUCCAUCGAGGAAGCUUUCACAAAGCCGCGACAGAAUUACAAAGGCAAGAAUGGCUGUCUGCGAAAAGUCCCCAGUCCAUCUUCAAUACCAAGAGAAUGAUUCUGCUACUGAGAGCAGUAAUCCCUUGCAUUGGAUGGCCGGGGACAUUUCAGUAUCCGAAGUUCUUUAUUCCGAAAAUUUAUCAAUGGGCACUACGUUCCUGGCUAAAUGUGACAAGGAAUGUCAAUGCGCGUGCAACGAUCUCUUUCAACGGCCCAGAGAAGUAGAUCACACAGCUGAAGAUAACCUUGAGCAGGGCUCUACAGCAAUGAAGUCAACCGCAGCCGAUAGCAGUGUCACACUGGCCAAGGAUGUAUGGAGAUGGGUAAACUUCCCUGCAAAUAAUGACACCGCAUGCUUAUACUACAACCUUACCGUCACCCUUUUCAACGCCGGCCUUGAAGUCAGCGGCGGUCUUCUACAAACUCUCUUCACGGAAAUUGUAAAGGAAUUACUUCCCGCCGUGGAAGAAGCUGGCAAGGAUGAAGCAGCCAAGAUCUACGGUGGCACAUACAGCGAUACCAAGACAAACUCAACGCUCACUCUCUCAGUCGAUGAUGAGCCUGGAUUUCGUAUCACGAAUUGGACAGUCAGAGGCGUUGACAUUGCAGGCACGUAUCUCAGCAUCGGACUGCCGCCAACAUUUCCAACGCCCCCUGGAGAAGUCCGCUUCCGUUUGUAUCCUACUGGCCUUAAGAGUGAUACAGAGUCAUCUUGGCGAAUGAUGUUCACUGCUGGGUCUGAGGAGGAUAACGAGGAAGCGAAUGCGCUCUUGGCCUGGCCUGAUGGAAACUGUAACACUUGGGCGUCUUUGGAUCGCAUUGUGUAUCAGCUUUUGUCACAUGAUCAUUUUGUGUUUACUGAGUCUGGGAGGGGCAGUGAUAGGAAGGCUGAGAAGCUUGAGCUUGUUGGUUAUAGGGUUGAGUUGCAGAGGGAUGACUGA